AUGCUUGUGAGUGAUCCAAAUACAAUAAUCCUCAGGGAAUGCCGAGAGUUGCUAUAUGUAAUAGCAAGUGAGCGCCAAGAUGAAUACAUACCAGCUGUCCCUGAUCUGAUAGGUGGGUCUAAUGAAUACUCCGAAGAUGAAGAAGACACCCAAAAGGCUGAACUCAUGAAAGGUGAAGGCACUGAGGAUGUUGAUGAUAAAACAGCUGUAAAAAACCAACUACAGACUUUGAUUGACACAGUAUUGCUGUCGCAAACUUUGGAUAACAUCGAUGCAUGUACAAUAGUAGCGCCUUUCAACCGAACACUGAUCUCUCCAAGAUUGAAUAGGGAAGCCACUAUCAGGACUCUAGAUGCAUUGGAGAAAUUUAUUAAUUUUGAAGUAAUAAACGUUAAUAUGUCGAAUUAUUCAACGGCCUUUAGAAUGUUGAUAGACUCUUUGAAUAACAUUAGUUUUGAUGCAUAUGAUAAAACAAGCGAUGAUUCUAUUUUAUUUAAAACUUUGGUUUUAUUAAGGAGCUCUAUAACAAAAAACUCUUUUGAAAUACUAUCCGAUUCAGUUGCUUACGAUUUACUGAAAACUACGAUAACCUUAGCAUGCAAUUCAAAAAGAUCACCGCUUCUACAAGAGUAUGCGCGCUCCUCAAUAUAUGAAUUAACAGCGAUUGCUUUCAACAAAAUACGAUCGCUAAAGAGUAGUGACGAUACGAAUAACUACAUCAAUGAUAAGAGCCUAGGAUCAUCAACCUUAAAGAAAUAUCUGGCUAAUAGGAGUUCCUCGGAAGAAGAUAGUAUGGGAUUAAAAGGAGAUGAAUAUUUUAAUUCGACAGUCGAUCUAAUAAAGGAAAAUAAAUAUAAGGACCCAAAUUGUGGCCUGCCUGUGAUAAAAAGAUAUCUGCAACUACUGCUCUCUUUAUUGACAAUUGAUCAAGACAACAAACACACAAAACAGGUAAAAGCAUUAGGAUUCAGCUUAAUAAUCUGUGGUAUUGAAGUGGCUGGCAAAGACAUCAUUUUGUUCCCCUCAUUAUUCAGUAUCGUUGCGGAUCAGAUCUUUGAACAAGUGCUAUAUGUCAUUAGAACAGUAUAUGAUAAGGAGCUGGUUAAAGUUGCACUUGAUCUCUUCAUAACUCUGACAAUCAAUAUGGAACCAUACUUAAGGCCUCAGAUAGAAUUAACAUUUUCACACAUUUGUGAUAUUUUGUUGGAUAAAUCCAUUUUCACAGGAGAGAGGUCCAAAAAAACAAAGUCGGAGCUUAAAGAAAUAUUUCUUGAAUCUAUAUCAAUUAUGUGGAAGCGAAAACCAAGUUAUCUUGUGGAUGCUUUUAUUAAUUAUGAUUGCAACCUAAAUAGAAUGGACCUGGCCAAUAUCAUCUCCGGUACAUUAUGCAAAUUAUUAACUUCUAACGGGAAUGAUGAUAUUAAUACGUGGCUAUUAUCUUUUGAGAGCUUAGAGAUAUUUAUAAAUUUCAUGUAUGAAAUGACCAUAAAGAAUGCUUCCAUGUCCACAAAUGGCAUAAAAGAAGGGAGUGACAUAAUCUCUCAGAAGAAAAAAAAAAUUGAAUACUUAUCCUGUGUUGACAGGUUCAAUAAGAAACCCAAGGAGGGUAUCACUUACUUUCAUAGAUCUGGAUUUCUAAAAACUCUUUCAGAUAAGGAUAUUGCCACAUUCUUAUUCGAAAAUAAAGGCCCUUUAAACAAGCAAAAGAUUGGCCUAUUAUUAUGUGAUCCUAAUGAACAAAAAUUAUUGCAAUCAUACAUGCAGAACUUUGAUUUUCGGGAUUUUAGAUUGGAUGAAGCAUUAAGAAUAAUGCUAUCUAAAUUCAGGUUACCUGGAGAAUCACAACAAAUAGAAAGAAUUAUUGAAAUGUUUUCGGAAGUGUAUUCGUCACAAAAUGAAAGAAAAAACGAGAACAUUCAACCUGAAAGUAUUGAUUCUAACGAGGCAGAUAGUGAGUUGUGUGUUAGCAUCUCUAAUAAGAAUGUUACUUGUGAUGCCGACAGUGCUUUUGUGCUCAGUUAUUCCUUAAUAAUGCUGAAUACUGAUCUCCACAACCCUCAAAUAAAAACACAUAUGUCAUUCAGUGAUUAUACGAGCAAUCUAAGAGGAUGUUACAAAGGAGCAGAUUUCCCAGACAGUUUCUUAGCAAAACUAUACAACUCCAUUAAAGAAAAAGAAAUACUAAUGCCGGAAGAACACCAUGGCAAUGAGCAGCUAUUCAAAGAUGACUGGAACAAUUUGAUAGCAUCUGCAUUUAUUCUUACAAAGCCGUCUUCCAAGAUACAAGAACAUGAGGAGAGAACUAAGGAUUUUACAGACUUCAUUGGCGCAAUUUUUGAAACAUUUGGUUUCUCUCUGGUAAGCGCAUUUCUAUCAACGACUCAUGCCAAUCAAAUUUCGUCGAAUAAUACCAGAUUAUUUGCUAUAAUAGAGAAGUGUGGAAGAAUAACAAGUAUAUAUGGAUUAAGUGCUCCUUACAACAAAGUAAUAGAUUCUCUAUUAAAAAUGACAGUUUUAAUCGGAAAUUUGGACAAAGAGCUGAGACUUGUCGAAAAUGAUAAUGAUGAUUAUGCUCAAAUAGAGGUCGAAUCCAGUACUUCUAACGAAGCUAUAUGCGUUAGUAACGAAUCUAUUGCAUUCGGAAGAGACGAAAAAGCGCAGUUAUCUUACAUCACUGCUUACAAGUUACUCAACCUAGAGAAAAACAAUAUUGGCUUGCUACCGGACACACUAGAAACUUUAAUUGAAGUUCUUACAAUUCUCUACGACAAACACAUUAUUGAUAUGUCCUAUAUUGAUAAUGUAAACGAAUUAAUGAGAUGCGACAUUCUUCCUCGUACCCCUACUGAAAUAACCAUAAAAAAGGAGGCACUUAACAGAAGUCUUUUGUCAACUUUUGCAUCAUAUAUCAAAGGAGAUGAAGGGCCGAGUAAAGAACAAAUCUCGCUAAGCGAAUUGACGAUUUCCUUGGUGCGAGAACAUAAUGUUUUUACUGCACUCAAUGCUCAUCCCAAAUUAAUCAACUCUGGGCCCAUGAAAUCAGUACUAUCACUUACCUCUAAUGCGAGGUAUAAUAGUAGGAAAAAUUAUUGCAAUUACAACUUCUUUUUUUUGGUUGAAUUCUUGAUAAAACUCUGUAUCGACAACAAUAUUAUCGAGGAAUGUGGCGGUUCAAUGAUUAAUCAUUUGGAAAAUCACUCCAAUACUCCUGGUAUAACUACGCGGUCUAGAUAUGCCAUCAUGAUUAUCAAAAAUCUUAUUAAUAAACACUUAGGUGAACAGGAUAAGAUUAUAAUAGAUACUCUGACAUUUUUGAACUCAGAAGAUAAAGACCUUCAAGAAAAUGAUUUCGAUUUAUUUACCACAUUGAUAAAUGAACUUAUAUCUCAUAGUGAGAAGAACCUGACAGUCCUUAACAAUCCAUUAUUUUGGAGGGCAUUAUCAAGAGCCUGUGAAUAUAACAUAUUGAUUGAAACAGUUUCCAGUAUAUUAGACAACUUUGUACUCAACGAAGACACAGAUCUCACUGACCAGAUAAUGAUACAUCUGUUAUUUAUACAGACAAUCCAUCAGAGUAAAGCUCUCACUAAAUUGCUGGAGAAUAUCACUAAGCUUCCACAGAAUUAUUCUGAUGCAAAUGUUCCACACUUAAUAGAGUUACUUCUAAACAAUCAUGACGAGCCAUUACGAGUACAAGUAGAGCAAUGCCUUGUUGCUCUCACAAAAGAAUGCAGCAGCAGCGAACAGCCUGAGCCUUCUAAUUUGGUACAGAAAUAUUAUUUGCCUGUCUUGUCAAGAAAUAUUACAGACGAAAAUGUGGUAGUUUCAUUAGUUAAUAUUAUUACAACGGUAUCGAAUCAGUGCACAGAUACUAAUUCAUGGAACAAAGAAGAGCUGAAAAAAAUUAUGAUGCCUUUUGUAAACCAUGAGUAA